GCCGCUGGACCUGGAGAGCCUGGCCGCCUGGCGGGACGAGGACGACUGCACCUGGUUAUACAUUGGCUCUUCAAAGACGUUCCCGUCAUCAGAGAAGUCCCUGAGCCCCUUGCAGUGGUGUAGACACGUCCUAGAUAAUCCGACUGCAGAGAUGGAAGCAGCAAGGCGUUCCUUAUGCUUUAGACUGGAGCAAGCUAGCCGAUGGCGGAGUCUCUUCUCUUCAAAUGUCUCACUGGCUUUUCCUUAUAGUCCUGUUGCAAGACUCAGCCCUUAUAGCAAUGGCAUUAAUACUCCCAGCUUCUCUAAAACCUCAAAUCAAGCAAUACUAACACCUGAAAGAACAGGUUACACCUCCAGGGGCUCCCCUCUCAGUCCCCAGUCGUCUAUAGACAGUGAGCUGAGCACUUCAGAAUUGGAGGAUGAUUCUAUCUCCAUGGGAUAUAAGCUACAGGACCUCACUGACGUUCAGAUCAUGGCUCGUCUGCAAGAAGAAAGUCUCAGGCAAGAUUAUGCUUCUACUUCAGCAUCUGUGUCAAGACAUAGUUCCAGUGUGUCACUGAAUUCAGGAAAAAAAGGGACAUGUAGUGAUCAAGAAUAUGAUCGAUUCAGUCUGGAAGAUGAGGAAGAAUUUGAUCAUUUGCCACCACCUCAGCCUCGUCUUCCAAGAUGUUCACCUUUCCAAAGAGGAAUCCCCCAUUCACAGACUUUCUCCAGCAUUCGGGAGUGUAGGAGGAGCCCCAGUUCCCAGUAUUUUCCUUCAACUAAUUACCAGCAGCAACAGUAUUAUUCACCUCAAGCCCAGACUCCAGAUCAGCAACCAAAUAGGACCAGUGGAGACAAGCUCCGAAGAAGUAUGCCUAAUCUAGCUCGGAUGCCAAGUACAACCACCGUUAGUAGCAACAUUAGUUCUCCAGUCACCGUGCGAAAUAGUCAGAGUUUUGACUCAAGCUUGCAUGGAGCUGGAAAUGGAAUUUCGAGAAUACAGUCAUGUAUUCCAUCACCAGGACAGCUUCAACACCGAAUCCACAGCGUGGGGCAUUUCCCAGUGUCUGUCCGACAGCCUCUUAAAGCCACGGCCUACGUGAGUCCAACCGUUCAAGGCAGCAGUAAUAUGCCUUUAUCCAACGGCUUACAGUUACAUUCCAGCACAGGAAUCCCCACACCUAACAAAGCUGCCGCUUCUGGGAUAAUGGGCCGCAGUGCGCUUCCAAGACCUUCAUUGGCAAUAAAUGGGAGUAACUUGCCUCGAAGCAAAAUUGCACAACCUGUUAGAAGUUUCCUUCAACCUCCAAAGCCUCUGUCUUCACUCAGCACUCUGAGGGAUGGAAACUGGAGAGAUGGUUGCUACUGAAGCAAUUUUUUGUACCCUUGAAGAGUGGGAAAGAAGUGGAAAUGAGGGUUUUGUUACCCAGCUGGCUGGGUAGCAGUGGAUGUCGGGAUAUUCUUUCCCUUUUGCAUUUUAACAUAUUUACUGCAUUGUUUUUCAAUGGACCAAUCACCAGAGACUAAUUAUUGCACUUAAAUAUUUGCCUGAGGUACUGCAACAUUCUCAAAUCCAUGGUUGCAGUAUUGUGACACUUAGAUCUAGGAAGUUUUUGUAGACCUGCUAUGUACCUGAAUACUUUUUGAGAGAAUGGAGAUGGAUCAAUAAUGCUUUCUUUGCCAUAUGAGUUUUUUAAAGUAACUCGAUUUACUUACGUGUUCUAAACAUCUUCCCAUUACAUGUUCUGUAUUUUAAUACACUGCAUAUUUACAACUAGGUUCUAUAAUGUAUGCUUUGAGAUUUACUUUUUUAUAGUUUACAGGAAUUUUAUUUUUUGUGCCUAUUUCUUUUUACACCUAUGUGAACCACUAUGGAACAACUUAAAUUUUGUGCCAUAAAAAUAUUUUUGUGGUAAGGUACUAUUUUUUUAGCUCUAGGGAUAUAUCAGCAAAAAUCCACCAUACAAUUUGAGAGACAUAAUUUUAUGUUGAAUGAGCACAACGUAAUCUGAAGCAUUGCAAGGAGAUAGCCAGACAGCAGAGUUCAAUGGUCUUGUCUUUUUCAUUGUUAAUUUAUUGUCAUACAUGGGUUUCCUAUUUAUAAUGGCAUCACAAGCUCAUUGCACUUAAUACCUGCAAUGUUUGCUACUGUACCACAAUUGAUUUUCAAUACUUUAUUACAGAGGAUGAAACUGUAAUGUUUUAUUAACAAUGCUUCUGGAAAUGAAUGCAUUUUAAAGCAAAUAAAUCUUUUUGAUAGACCUUUUACAAAACCCAUUUGCACUAAUGAAUGCUUUCUUAUGGUAUAUGACCUAAUAUUUGUUACUGUGUACACUGCUGUUUUGGAAUGUUCAGAAAUAAAGACUAUUUCAGCAAUA